UCCAGUUUUCGAAACCAAAAUGGCGGCAUGACCUGCUACAUGUACUUGGAUUCCGCACAUUUUCUUUCAUUCCAUGAUUUCAUUUUUGAGGUAGGAUGCUGCGUUUUCGUUCAGCUAGGGAGUGGCGCGGGCCUUUCCGCGGCUACACGACUGCAGUGACGGGGAACAGAGCUGUUGACGACGCGUUAGAGAGGAUAACUAAAGGCCGGAUCGGCGGCUGGCUGGCGAGAUAUGAAGAGUUUGUGGGCAUCACGGAAGUCAAGGAGGCACAAGGGAAGGUCACACAGGCAGAAGAGAACUUCAUGACUGCCAGGAAACAGGUGAAGCAAGUCAAGGAGGCGGUGGAGUCUCUCCAACAGGACAUGAACACCUGUCGGGACAAGAUGGACCGUGUCCAGCGCGGCGAACCCCGCUACCUCGAGCUCGCUACGGAGGAACACAACCUCAUACAGGAGCUACAGAAGGCCAGGGCACAAUAUGGGCUACUGGAGGAUCAGGAGAGGGACAACUUUGCUCUGCUGCAGGCCGCUGUCCGGUCGAGCCACGAAAAGGAGCGUGCACGGACGGAGAGGACUAAGAACUGGUCCAUCAUUGGCUCGGUCACCGGCGCUAUCAUCGGAAUUAUCGGAUCCACAGCAGUCAACAGGAGUAGGAUGAAGGAACUCAGGUUGCUCAUAAUGGACACUAAGAACCAUGGUGGGAUAACACCCGACAUGGUCGAGAAAAUAUCAGCUACAGGAGAACACUACAAACAGAUCCAAGGGUCACUACAGGAAGUCAAAAGUCUUCUCAACAACUCAGAGACAGCAACAACAGCAACAACGGAUGUACCAAAGGGAGAUGUCAAACAUUUGGCUAAGUUGAUUCAAGAGCAAGACAAGAAACUUGAUGCAAGGAUACAGUCAAUUCACCUGGCAAUAAAAGAGGGAGAUGUGGCAAUAAGCAAACAGUUAGACAGGAUAGGGAAGCUAGUGGCUAGUAGAGGUACUGCAGGAGGUACUGCUGCGGUAGGGGUGUCUGAUGAGGUUCAGGAAUUGAUUGACGCCACACAGAAGAAACUGGAAUGGCAGAUCCGAAUCAACACCCUCUCCACGGUAGUGUUUGUCUACGCAGCCUUUGCUCUGACGCUACCCAUCCUGCAGAAUAUCUUUAGAGGCUCGUGAUUAGUCAGAAAUGCCACAGAAGCAUUGUAGUUGGUCUUUCACUGGCAUGUGCGUAAGAGAUGCAGUGCUUUUUUAGUGCUGUAGUACACGUAGGUCAGAGGUCUUAGCACACAUUUAAUGCAGUGCUUUUUAAGAAUAGUCAGAGGUAUUGUAGACCUGGCUAAAAAGUCAUUAUCUACAAGGGAACUGGAAGUUCCGAGCCUAAAGCAAAAACUCAACCCAUAAGACUGAUGAAAUUACAAGAACCAGAAGUGCAGUGUAGUUUUAUUGCAUUUGUCCUCAGACAUAGGAAUCAAGAAGGAUUUAGUUAUAGAAAAAUAAAGGUGUUAUUGUGUAUCAUGAUCCUUGCAAUCUAGUAUAUCUUCACAUAAUGAGCACUGUUGUAGAACUUGUAAAUGAAUGUUCAGUUACUACUGUACGUACUUCUCUUUUUUUUUUACCACAUUACAUCAGUUAAGUCACAAUUCAUAUCAAUGGGAACAGUCAUGAUUAUGUUUAUGAUUCCAAUCAUGUUGUUGCAAUAUAAAACAACUUU